AUGUCUCUCACACAACUUUUGUUCAGCGACUUGCCCUUUAAAGUUCUCGUCUUCUUGAAUGUCGUGCAAAUUGUCGUCGGAUUCGCGAUGCUCUUUCUCGAGGAGUACAUUAAGCAUCUGCUGACACAACAUAUGCUCGAGGCGGAACGCACCCAAACUUACAUCAUCAUGCUUUUGUCGCAAGUUUACUGCAUGCAAGUCAUCGUCUUGUACUAUCUCGGCUUAGCGAUCGCCAUCAAAUGCAACAGAGACCUGUACACGCAUCAUUUGACGUUUUUCAUGAAAAUGUGGCUGGCUUUGGGCUUCGUUGCGGCAUUUGAAGGGAUUUUAGUCGCCGGAACUUUGUAUCGAACUUCAAAAAAUCUCUCGGAAUUUCUCGAACUCGAACUUUUCAAGGGGGUCGAAGCUUAUUAUUUGGAUCCCGAGUGGCGACUGAUCUGGGAUACCGUUCAAUAUCACGAAAAUUGUUGCGGCGUCUUUGAUUAUCGGGACUGGAAGAAUUGUUGGUUGUACAAAAUGGAGCACAAGCAAAAGAUUCUCACGUCGAACGUUUCCUUCAUUCCGUACAGCUGUUGCGAGAAUGAGGAGACGUGUUAUCAGAAUAUCAUCCCGAUUCUGUUGAAAGACCAGAAGAUAAAUGUUCCAGCUAUCGAUACGUCGGUGAUAAAUGAGCGGGGAUGCUUGUACGGGCUGCUGCAUGAGUGCCAGUGGGUGAUAACGAUGGUCAUUUGCUCGACAAUUGUUGUGUUUCUUGUUCAGAUUUUCAUUACCGUGACACUACGAUGCGUUUAUGCCUCAAAGCGUAUUUUCACCACUGACACAAGUGACGAGGAAGAGUCAGAUGUUGAACAGCAACAGCAACAAAGACAUAACUAA